AUGAAGAAAGGUGUCAUUAUAAAUAGAAGAUGGGAUAGCCUCUUCUUCAGUAAAGUGACAGCUCUAUCAAAGCAAAAGAUGUUAACUUAUAUCUUACAAGCUAAAGCUGAGCUACACAAUGUAGCAAAGGUGCAGCCAGUUGAUGAUGAAAUAUAUCCUCAUGAUUACAAAUUCAAGUUCCAAUGUAAUGGGUGUAAGACGGUGCAUCCCAAUCCAGUGCAGAUCAACCGAUUUGAAACAAUUCAAGUGACUGGGUUCCGCAGGUUAGCUAAUAUUUUAAUUAAAUGUAAAGCAUGUCAAAGAGAGAGGUAUGCUAUCAUUUCCAAGGUUGGUCCUGGUUGCAUUCAGGUUGAGAAUGAUGGCGUAGGUGGUGAUGAAUUUUGUGACAUUUUGAAGAUUCAUACGCACGGAAUGAGAAUUUUGGAAUUUAUACCCGAUGAUCAAUAUGAAUGCGUAACAACUUAUGGAAAGUUAAUUCAGGGUAUUGGGUUAUUGGAUGGGAAAUGGGAUGAAAGUGACGAAGAAGGAACCGAGUUGAAGAUUCUGAACGUUGAUUGGAAUUUGAAGUUGGUUUCUGAGAAGGAUCCAAAGUACAAAUGA